GAAGCUUUGCUUGUUUCCCAAGAAGAGGAAGAGGAGAUCAGCGGCGGCGAUGGCAGCGAUCAAGCGUCUGCUCCCGUCGUUCAACCGGGUGCUGGUGGAGAAGAUUGUGCUGCCCAAGAAGAGCGCCGGCGGCAUCCUCCUCCCGGAGACCUCCAAGCAGCUGAACUCUGGCAAGGUUGUGGCUGUUGGCCCUGGAGAACGUGACAGGGAUGGCAAACUGAUCCCUGUUUGCCUUAAGGAAGGUGACCAUGUUCUGCUGCCGGAGUAUGGUGGACUUGAAGUCAAGCUUGCUCCUGAGAAAGAGUACCUCCUCUUCAGAGAGAACGACAUCCUGGGUACCCUCUCGGACUGAUUUUGGAUAGUCAUGAAGUUGUCAAUUGCUCUACAGCAGGAGAAUUUGUUUUAGAGUUUUGAUGCUAUCGGAUAAACCUUGAAAAGAAAACUCAUUUUAUGGUGUGAUAGAUUUUUGCCUAGAACAUCAUGAACUUGAUAUGGUUGUUGCCUACUUUAUGUUGUGAUGCAAUUGAGUGAACUUGCGAAA